ACAAAUUAAAGAAGUUACACUACACAUAAAGAGAGAAAGAAAGAUAAAGCAAAAGCAGGGGCGAUUGAAAACAAGAACACAAGGGGAUUAAAGAAAUGGCGUCUCAAAGAUUAAGCAUGGUGGUGUUUAUGGUAGUCAUGGUAUUGGGUGCUAUGCAUAUGGAGAGCUCGGAUGCACAAACAACACAUAACGUUGGGGGCAAUAUUGGUUGGACUAUUCCUCCAAAUGCUAACGCUUAUACCACCUGGGCUGCUUCCCAAUCUUUCAAAGUUGGCGAUGUUCUCGUGUUCAACUUCACCUCCGGAGCACACACGGCGGCAGAAGUGACCAAAGCAGCCUACGAUGCAUGCACCCUCACCAACCCCAUCUCCGUCUGGUCCAACGGCCCAGCCAGCGUCACCCUUAACUCCUCAGGCGCCCACUACUACCUCUGCACCGUUACAGGCCACUGCACCGCUGGUCAAAAGCUAGCCAUCAACGUGGCUGCCGCCGCCUCCCCCGCACCCGCACCCACCACCCCCACCCCUACCCCAACCCCAACUCCCACCCCCACCCCUAGCCCAACCCCAUCAGCCACCCCUACCCCAAGCCCAACCCCAUCAUCCACACCUACACCUAGCCCUAGCCCAAGCCCAAGCCCAGCAUCUUCUCCUUCUCCAGCGGGAGGAUUAGCUCCUACGCCAUCAGGAACUUCAGAAACUUCGCCUCCUCCAGCACCAGGCAGCACUUCUACCCCAGGAGCCUCGGAUACUCCGGAUUCACCUAGCUCUGCUUCGUUUCUUUCCGCCGCACUCCCCAUUACAUUUUUGUCCAUGGCCAUGGCUUUCUACUACUAGGUCCACUUUAGACUACGGCUACAGAGAUCUUGAUUUUUGUUUCUCAUUCGUUUUGUGUUUCUGAAUUUCUUUUACUUUUUUUUAUCUUACCAUUGCUGUGUGUGUAAUUUUUUGGGUUAUAUAUACCAAUAAACACUAAAUUUAUCUCUA